AUGUGGACGGCGGUCGACGGGGCCGCCCGGGAGGUCCUUUGGCAGACCUACAUCUGCAAGGACGACGAGGUCGGCGGCGAGACCCUACGCCGGAUGGUCGCCUCCCGGCGGCGAGGCUGCACGGUGGAGCUCCUGUACGACAGCGGCGGGAACCUGUCCGGGCGAACGCGCCUGACCGAGGAGCUCAAGAGCUGCGGGGGGACCGUUAUCACCUAUCGCCCAUUCUUUUCCACCGCGCUGAAGUAUUUUUUCCAAGGGCUGGAUUGGCGCACGAGCCCUGGGCUGCGCAACCAUCGCAAGAUCCUUUUGGUCGAUAAAGAAAUCGGCUUCUGCGGCGGCCUCAACAUCGGUAAUGACUACUGCAGCCCACGUUUAGGGGGAAACAACAAGUUUCGCGAUAUACAUUGCGCGAUGCAUGGCCCCGUCGUCGCGCAUCUGCACGAGGUCUACGAAGACACCAAAGCCCCGCAGACAUGGAAAUACGGCUGGGCGCGGUGGCGCCAAAUCGCCUCGAACAAGCUCAACCGCCGUCUUGAAAAAGGCAAAUCCGCCGUCGAGACCAGUAUUCUGCGGCCUAUCCAGGAUCGAACCCUCAAGGUGACCAAACGAGGUGGGAUCUACUUUCGCCAGCAAGUCCACAAGGCCGAGCAAAGUACCGAACGCAUUCUGCGUCGUAUUCGAUGGGAGAAGCAGUGGGAGAACAUCAGCGAAUGGGUCACGUGGUCCAACAAACGAGUCUCGACGCUGCUAAAUCGGGCGUCCGAGGCCGCACUGGAGGGGGGCCUGGCAAACGCAGAUCCCCCGCUGCAGUUAACCCGCGGCGAACCCCCCCCGUCGGGGGCUGAAGGGGGGGAUUCCGCCCUCGUUUUGUUAUCGGCGCGGCCUCCGGUUGAAGCGCGCGCGGACCCCCCAUCGGACGCCCUCCCCGUGUGUGGAGCCCAGGGCGCGAAGUGCGCGCAAUCGGCGGCCAUGCAGCGCCGUAUCGCGAAGGCGCGGACGCAGGCCCUCGGCAAGGCCACCCGGCUUGCCCAAACGCGAUUUUGGACGACCGUCCUGCUGACAAUUCCCAUCCCAGAUGGCGAUCCCGUCCCCGAGGCGGCGGAGUACGCCGCGCGGUGCCCGGCGCGGACCCAGAUCCUCUCCUGCAACCCCCGCCACCACGAUUAUUCCAUCCAAUACGCCUACUGGCAGGUCGUGCGGAAGUGCCAUCGGCGGGUUUGGAUCACCACCCCGUAUUACCUCCCCACGCGGAAGCUUUUUCGCGCCCUCCUCCACGCGGCCGGCCGCGGGGUGGAUGUGCGGAUUUUGGCCGGCAGUAAUCGCACCACCGAUCCGUGGUUUAUGUGGCAUGCCUCGCGCUACGUCACGGAGCGGCUGAUUCGCGGGGGGGUGCGGAUUUUCGAGUACAAAGGCAGCCAAAUUAUGCACGCCAAGACCGUCGUGGCGGACAGCGUGUGGUCCUCGAUCGGGAGCUAUAACUGGGAUAUCAUGAGCGAUAAAAACCUCGAGGUCUGUUUGUGCCAUCUCGAUGUCAAGAUGGCGCGUGAGAUGGAGACUCAUUUUCUGGAUGAUCUGGCGCUGAGCAAGGAGGUAAGGCUUGAAGAUUAUCAAAAACGCUCGCUCUGGCUGCGGUUUACCUCGUUCUUUUUCUAUAAUUUGGUCUACAUCUUGAAACGUAUUGCAUUUUUUUCGUUCAAAAAUGACGACCUUGAGGCUUCUUUGUAUACUCCGAAGGCUAAAAAAUAA